UUAAAUCUAUUAUAUUUCAGUGAUUUCGUAAAUUACGUUUACAUUCCAUUUUUACCAAAAUAUAUCUUAUCUAUCGAAUAACAAGAUAAAACAAAUGUAUAUAUGACUUUGUUUAAUCGUGUAGACUUUAAAUCUAAUUAGGUUUUAGUAACAUGGCAAUGAAAUCUGGCUUUAUUGUUUUCGCUGCCCUACUAUUGGGUUGUCUGGCUUUGCCAGCACCCGAUACGGACUUUGAACAAUUCUUCGAGCAUGUGUAUCCGAAUGCCCAGAACCGUAUCGUAGGGGGCACCGCCGCUCCCACGGGCGCCCACCCUCAUAUGGCCUCCAUGACUAGUGGAUCAUUAUUCACAAAUUUAGUUUGCGGGGGCUCCAUAAUUACUCAACGAACUAUUCUUACUGCCGCUCACUGUAUCGCUGCCGUCUUCAGUAGAGGAUCCCUUAACAGCAAUCUUAGAGUUAGAGUCGGCUCAAACCACUGGAACCAAGGUAUUGCUCACAGAGUCUCAUCCAAUGUAACACACCAGCACUACGUGUCCUCUAUCAUUAAAAACGACAUAGGAAUAUUAAUCACUGAAACAAAUAUUGUCUUCGGGAACCUUGUCAGACCCAUCGUGAUCGAUUUCGAAUAUGCCGGUGCUAACAUCGAGUCCAGAGCAGCUGGUUGGGGCAGGAUUCGUGCAGGUGGUUCUAUAUCGGCGCAACUGUUGGAGUUAGACGUACUCACUAUAUCUGGAGAGGACUGUGUGGCGGGCGUGGCAGCGGUGAUAAGGAAUGCCGUUGUAGAACCCCACAUCGAAAUAUGCACCAUGCAUCCUAGAGGCUCAGGACAUGGCAUGUGCAAUGGCGACUCUGGCAGCGCUCUAGUCCGCCGUGACCGUGGCACUCAGAUCGGCAUCGUCUCGUGGGGCAUCCCUUGCGCGCGCGGAGCCCCCGACAUGUUCGUCAGGGUCAGCGCAUACAGAUCAUGGUUAGAGCAACACGUGAGGAACUAAAACCAUCAAUAUUAAACCUCCCUUUUUGUACAUAGCAAGUGAAUAAAACAUUGCCACAAUUUAUAUACAUUAAUAUUUUUUAUGCUUUACUAAAUAUCGUGCCAGUAACC